AUGAACUCCAAUGAUGCUGUCUCUAGUGUGGUCUACCGAGCAACGGUGCCUAGCAGCAUCCGGGCGAUAGCCAUGGACCCGGUCGAGCCAGUGGUGUGGGUCGCUGUCGGCGAUGAUCCGCUCGCGGCGUUGCGCCUCAGUGGAUGCGAGCUGAUACACUCAAAGUCCGUGAAAGAUAUUGAGCAGGUGCACUGCAUGGCGGUAGUGCGGAUCGCUGAGGAGCGGGCGACCACCUUCAAGUCCGACUCGACGUCACCGUGUGCGACGAGGACGUUGCCGAAGGCCGCAAGAGCAGGUAAGCGGAAGAAAGGCGGUCGCAACAGCUCUGGCAUCCGAAAGUCUGGGAAGCUGCGCGCUGGUAGUAGCGCUCUUCUGGGUCGCAGUCUCGGCAAUGGCGGUGGCGGCGAGGCGGACAUGGGGAAUCCCUGGAGCAGCGACGACGAUGACGACUACGGCGAUGACGCGACGACCAGCGCCAGCCCGUUGGGCCACGAGAGGCAAGGCGUCCGAUUCUCCAACUAUUUAUGGUGCGGCCUGAGCCGCGGCCACGUGGCGGUAGUGAAUAUGUCGAACCUGGAGUACCAACUCAUCCACAACGCCCACAACCAGACCAUUAACAAGAUGUGGUACUGGGAGGCGUGCAACAAAGUGUGGACGGCUGGGCGCGAGAAGGGCGUGAAUGUCUGGGAUCCGCAGCGGCGCGUCGUACUGAAGCGGCGCAACAUCGCCGCCAUUCUGACCGACGCGACCUACGCCGAGUCGACUGGCAAGGUGUUCGCGGUUGCCGGCGACGCCUGCGUGCGUGUGUUUGAGCCCAGCGGCGAGAACGUGAAUGUCCCCAAAGGGCAGGAGAACCGCAUCCGCAUGAAGCUGGAUGCCUGGGUGAUUCAGUACCACCGCAACUCUGGCCUCGUCUGGGUGGGCCUCGCGCGCGGCAGCGCCCUCAUGAGUACGAGUACCCUAGAUGUGGUGCGCACGCUCCCGUAUACCUUCAGUGCCAUUCUGUUCAAAGGCAAUUACGCUAUCAUUACUGGACAGGAGUCGCCAAAUGCGGAGGGACGACUGAUGGUGCUGGACGUGGCGAACCCCAGAGAGCCCUCCGUUCUGGCGUACAGCAAGUUUGCCGGCCCCCUCCCACUCGGCCUUCACAUUGUCCCCCGCACCCGCUUCGCGGUGGCGGCGCAGGAUGACCCGAAGAAGGGCUGCAUGAUGACCGUGUUCGUGUACGACGGCUCGGUCAUGCCGACGCACGCGACAUCGUCUGGCAGCGCACCCCCGCAGCGGACCGAGUGGGUGCCACGAGGAGCAGCGACGACGGCGACUGUCGGCAGCCUCUCGUCCCCUGCGCAGCUUACCCAGACACCAGAUCAUCCCAAUGGCAGCAGCAUCAUAACAUCUACACCAGUACCACCGGCGGCGAGCAACCUCGGCACGUACAACGCGGCCACCGCUCCCAUAGUAGACAGGGCCGCGCUGCACCGAGGGGCUGUGGUGAAGACCGCGCCGGACAACCGCAUCGACCGCAAGCUCGCGGUGGAGGCGGAUCGAUCCUCACUGGUGGAGGCGAUCGCGCCGGAUGCCCAGGACAUCAAAAGCGCUCUGAAACACCUUGUCAAGACGACGGACGAGGUGCGGCAGUCUCUGGUUCAGCAGCGCUCCGCGGAGGCAACACUGGCCGACUUCAGCCGUGUGUUGCGUGGGCGACAGCAGUGGCUCGUGGAGCAGGGCUCGCUCACGAACCUUCCCGUGCUGCCGAGCGCUGUGGCAGACCGCAUCGAUCGCGACUACGCCACCAUCGAAGGAAAGACCAUUGCCACAUCCAUCGAGCAGCUUCAGCAGCUGUACACUGUGGCACUGGCAAAGCAGCAGCAGUUACUGCACAGCAGAGACGCCGGCGGCGGCAAUGGUGACGAGAGCAGGGGGGUGGGGACGAGUCUUCCAGCGGAGUCAUCUGCGCGGGUGCUGCGGAUGUCGUCAUCGACGGUGCUCACGUCACCUCUUGUGCUCGGCAGCAACGCUAAAGACGGGCAGCAUGACCUUCUUGGCAGUUGUGUGGUCGGCGACGCGGCGGCGGCCGGAAGCGGGCACCAUCAGCCUGGCGUGCAUCCUGUGGAGGACGGCAAGUUGCCUGAGGGCUGCUCUCCUUCGCAGAGCGGGAUUUCCGUUGCUGGCUCAGGGUCAAGGGAUGCAGCGCUCCCUCCGUGGGCACUGCAGCUCGCCUCCACAUUGCAGCGGGAGCGUGCACUGCACUCGCAGCAGCUGAACGCGCUACAGCUCCAGAUGGAGCGCCUCGUCGAACGCAACACGGCUCUCUCCGCUGCCUUUGCUCGCCUUCAAGCCCACGUGGCGGCGCUGGGGCAGCAGGGGCUGGCCUUGGCUAUGGACGCUGAGUCUACGGGCAGCACCACAGCCGGGUCGGAGAAGUCACCACUGAGCUUUUCGCUGCAACGCCGCCAGCCAUCACAGGCGCACCAGCUUUCCCAGUCAUCAUCACGACAGUACAAGGUUACUGCGGCAUUGUUCGCAAAGCUUAGCCACGGCCAGUACCACAAACCGAAGUACGUGCGCCGGUCCACCGACCUUCUUGUGAAGGCGAUGGACGAGGUGGUGCGACUCGCGCAGAGUCUCCGUGGUUCCAGUGGGGAUCGCGACGCGCUGGGAGGCAUCCUGGCUAUGGCCCACUCAAUAACAGGUACGGCAGGGACCGACAGCUUUGACGAUCCAGAUGGCAGCGCCGACACGGCUCCGCACACGCAGCCGCCCUGCAUCGAUGACGCAUCCCUGUCGCCGACCUCGCCGCCUGUGGUGCUGCCGCUAGAGGCGCCGUUGUCAGCAGAGGAGGUGUCCGACACGCGGGGCGAGCAGAGCAACUCCACCGCUGUCGAUGUCGCUCUAUUUGAACACCCUCUCACUUCUUUGCUGGGCGUGUGCUCGAUGGCGGAGGUGGAGCUGCGUAACCUGGUAGAGCGCAAUGCGGAGGUGGCUUCGCUUUGGGCGCGUCUGCAGAGCAUCCGCUCCCAACCGCGAGACGCAGACAGCGGCCAUCAUAUUAUGGAGCAGCACGCCACCUCUGCUGGCCCCGUCGCCGAUGUGACCGCUGACAAUGCCAAGGCCGUGGAGGGUCAGCUGCCGCUACGCGUUCCUAUCGCAGGCGCCGCGGCCGACGCGAGUGUGGCUGGGGCAACGCCUGCGCUGCUCACCGGACUCAUGACGGCGCGCGUUUUGCAAGCUGUAUGCUGGGCAGAGUGUGCGCAGACAGUUCUGCACGAGUUGACACACGCGGGGAGCAUGAACAACAUCUUCCUCGCCGGCUGCGUACACAACGCUAUCAUAUCGCCCCACGCAACGACCGUUGGCAGGUGUGGCGGGGGAGCUUCGUCUGGGGUGCGGGGGCAAGGGCCACUGGAGGUGCUUGGCUACGAGUCUACGCAGGAGCAGUCGAUGGUGCUCGCGAAGGUCAGUCAAAUGAGCAAGUCGGCCACACUCGAGCUUUUGAAUACGUCGCGGAUUCGUGAGGAGCUGCAGCAACAACGGUGUCUUGGCGAGAGCGAGGAGGGGAUCAACGGCGCUGCGGCCUUCGCGAAGAGCGACUUUCGGCUGCAUCGCCUUCCAGGCGCUCUGCGCUGGUCGCUGACGGCACUGCGGCUGCUCUUCCUCUUUGUGUCAGACGCGGAGGCACAUCUGCUUGCUAGUGGCAGCCACGCCGACGACAGUGAGGCGUCUAGGGCAGCCGCCAAGGUAGCGCGUGCAGCAGGGGGGAGCCGAAAGACGAGCGCCAUCCCCAGGGGCGGUGAUGACGCGGCCGCUACCGGGGCUCUGUCAGCGGUUGCUGUGGCCAUGACGCACUGGGCAAUGUUUCUGCUGAACCUCCAAGCUGACCUGACAGCCGUACACCACGCAGCACGACUCUACCACGCCUGGCGCUGGGGACCGUCCGCUCUUUCUCUCACCGCCGCUGCUACGUCGUCGCCGCCACACCGGACUGGCGGUGCGGUUCACGACCGCGCAGGCACGGCGCGCAGUGGUGGGCUCGGUGUGAGUGCGCAUAGCCAGACCACAGAAGAUGCGUGUGGGCCGGUCUCCAUCGGCGCCCCCGCCGCCUCAGACUCCCUCGCUUCUCUCGCGGCGUCCCUCAGCACCAAAGGUAAGCUGUUACUGCUCUAUAUGCAAUGGCAUUUCCCUGGCUUUGCCACCACGUCCACCGACCGUGCCGUUGCACCGGCAGGCAGCGCGAACACGCUGCCGGGGUCGCUGGCGACGGUCUCCUCAUCACUGUCGACCGUUGGCCUGCCAGCCCUCUUCAGGCCUGCAGAGGACAACGACAUCGCCACCUCUGCAGCGGCGGUGGCGUCGUGCAGUGCUUCCGAGUGCUCUCGCUUGCUGGGCGACACUGUGGUGCAGGCGAGGCAGCUGCUGAGCCGUGCGCGACUCCUACUUGGAUACACCCACGCCAUCCGAGCACGGGCCUUGAUGGCGCUGGGGGAGAGCCGGGACAAGGCAGUGGUACAGGUGAUCGCGUCCUUCGCGUUAACAGCUGCCCCCGACCUGGAUGCCCGUGUCCCGACGGAGCAGGAGAGGGCCUUCCUGCGUAGUUGA